AUGAAAUAUGAAAAAAAAACUGCAAUAAGAUUCUCGGAUUGUUCAGGGUUCUCCUCGUCGAAAAGCGAGCUUCUUGUCUUCGCGAUGAAAAAGAAGAUAUUCUGUGAAGGAUCACUGUUGGAUGCCGUACAACGCUCAAAUCUGUAUUCUGAUUGUAAGCAUUUCGUGGACAUGUCUCUGAAGCAUGAUGCAGAGACUACUCUUGUGCGUUGGGAAGCACUGAGAGCUGCUGGACCAGUGACUACUGAGCGUCUUCGUGAAUUCGUUAAUGACUUUUUUAAUGAACCGGAAAACGAGCUCACAGAAUGUUUACCAGACGACUGGGACCCAGCGGUACGGUUUACUUGCACCAGUGUUGCUUUCAUAUGA